GGCGGCCUCUCUCUUCCCUACUCACUUUUCUCCGAUUUAGGGUUUCCACAGUCGCCAUGUAUCGCACCGCAGCUUCACGAGCCAAGGCUCUCAAGGGAUCUCUUAGCCGAAGUUUGACACCGGCGCGUUAUGCAAGUUCCAGUGCUGUUGCUACGAGUUCUUCUUCUUCUUCUUCAGGUUUCUUCGGAUGGUUGACCGGUGGAUCAUCUUCUUCGCUUACUUCAUUGGACAUGCCACUACAGGGUGUAUCUCUACCUCCGCCACUCUCUGACCAUGUUGAGCCGAGCAAACUUAAGAUCACUACUCUUCCUAAUGGUCUCAAAAUCGCCUCAGAGAUGUCUCCCAAUCCAGCAGCUUCUAUUGGUUUGUAUGUUGAUUGUGGUUCUAUCUAUGAGGCUCCUUAUUUCCAUGGAGCAACACAUUUGCUUGAAAGGAUGGCUUUCAAGAGCACGACUAACAGAAGCCAUCUACGUCUUGUGAGGGAAAUUGAAGCCAUUGGAGGAAACACCUCGGCAUCUGCAUCUCGGGAGCAAAUGAGUUACACUAUAGAUGCUCUUAAAACCUAUGUCCCUGCAAUGGUUGAAGUUCUUAUUGACAGUGUGAGGAACCCUGCUUUCUUGGAUUGGGAAGUUAAUGAAGAGCUACGUAAGAUGAAGGUAGAGAUAGCAGAACUUGCAAAGAACCCUAUGGGUCUCCUCAUGGAGGCCGUUCACUCUGCUGGUUAUUCCGGUGCAUUGGCAAAUCCUCUGUACGCUCAUGAGUCUGCUUUGGACAGAUUGAACGGGGAACUCUUGGAGGAGUUUAUGACCGAGAAUUUCACUGCUGCACGUAUGGUACUGGCGGCAAGUGGAGUUGAACACGAGGAACUUUUACAAGUUGUUGAGCCACUAACUUCUGACCUUCCUAAUGUACCGCGCCAAGGGGAGCCCAAAUCUCAGUAUACUGGUGGAGAUUUUCGCCAACAUACUGGUGGAGAGGUAUCUAUGACAGAUUUGCUGUCAUUGUUUUAUGUUACAACUGUAACUGAGCUUUUUGUUCUGUUAUCUUUUCAGGCUACACACUUUGCGCUUGCUUUUGAGGUGCCUGGCUGGAAUAAUGAGAAAGAAGCAGUCAUUGCCACUGUUCUCCAGAUGCUUAUGGGAGGGGGUGGCUCAUUCUCAGCUGGAGGCCCUGGAAAAGGAAUGCACUCAUGGCUCUAUCGCCGUAUUCUAAACGAAUACCAGCAAGUUCAGUCGUGUACUGCAUUCACUAGCAUCUUUAACAACACCGGUCUGUUUGGAAUCUAUGGUUGCUCAAGUCCCGAGUUCGCUGCCAAAGCCAUUGAGUUAGCAGCUAAAGAACUGAAAGAUGUUGCCGGAGGAAAAGUUAACCAGAAGCAUCUUGAUCGCGCCAAGGCAGCCACAAAAUCUGCAGUUCUGAUGAAUUUGGAAUCUCGGAUGAUUGCAGCAGAAGACAUUGGCAGGCAAAUACUUACAUACGGAGAAAGGAAGCCAGUUGAGCAGUUCUUGAAGACAGUAGACGGACUUACUUUGAAGGACAUUACAGAUUUCACCAGCAAGAUUAUUUCUAAGCCUUUGACAAUGGGUUCCUUCGGAGAGGUGUUGUCUGUUCCAAGCUACGACACCGUAAGCAGCAAAUUUUGUUGAAGGAGCAAACGUUUGCUAUAAAA